GAUAAGCACGUUGGAUUGAAGCUCGUGCUUAAAGUUGUUCUUGUGAUUAUUUUGCUGCAAUUUUUGUUUGAUUUCUGCAUUAGAACAUGGCCGAGGGUAACGACAAUAAUGCCCUGCGCUUUCUAUCGCUGAACAUGAAAGACUGCCUGGGCUGCAAAGAUGUGAGCGUGUCGUUCCCCGAAUCGGACAACGUUCAUGUGCUGCUCUACAGCGUUGCGAAUGCGGAGGAGCAGCAGGCUGCCGGCACCAUUGUCGCCGCGACACCUGUGGCCCAGGCCAUACAGCUAUUGUGCACUAUGUCCUUUCCGGACGCGGAGAGCUUGAAGCAGGUGCCGCUGCUGAAGGUGGGACACGGCAGCGUGUCCCUGUGCUUCCAGAUGUCGCGCAUUGGUGUGCCACAGACUCAGGAGGACGAGGAGGACACCGAAAGCGACUUGGACAUGAGUCCGUCCACCUCACAGCAGGCAUCACUGCGUCUCGAGGAGCAGAGACUGCGCCGCGCUGCACGCAAUCGAAGCAAAAACCUCGUAAACAAAAAGGAGGUGACCGUCCAGCGACGCUUCACUCCCACAUCGCUGGAGUGGGUGAGCUAUGCGGUGAAUGGCGGCCAGAGUCGCAAAUGCCGUUUGGAAGAGUUCCACGGCCUGUUCUUUGAGGAGGCCCAGUACUCGGCCAUCCAUCUGUGGGAUCUGCAGCAUAAGUGUGCCGGCAAUUGGCUGCAGAUCAUCCAGGCAGACGCCAAUAGCUACAAAAACUUCCAGACGCCUGAAAAUCCAUUCGAAACCUUUGCCAAGCUCUUCGAACGCCAGGAUCUGGAGGAGGAGGAUGUCUUAUGCAAAAUGGCCAAAUCCUGUAUGACCCUCAACGAGGCUGUGCGCCGUUCGGAGCGUGAAUUCGUCUUGCAAGUCUUCGACCAUGUGCGCCGCAUAUUUGAGUACAUAACCAUGAAUAAGUACACUGUGUGGUUCCUGGUGCCAAGCCAGCAAGGCCUUCAGACUCUGCCAGAGGCGGAACUCGAUUUUGAUUUGCGUAAUGUGCGCACAUCCAUCCGAAUGACUGGCGAUGACAGGAACAUUUACUGGAGCCAAUCGGAGCACAAUAUCCAGGACUUGCUCAUGAUAUCCUUCCAAUUGGCGCUGAGCCGCAGGGCCAAUCAGUCAGUGCUGAUCAUCAGCCAUUUGAAAAAGCUGGCAGAUUUCGUGAGCUGGCAGUUUGUUACUGCUUCCUACAUGAACGAUAUCUAUGCCCGUAAAUCCACAGAUCCUAAAUGGGUCUGCAUGCGCUACUUGCAACGCAUUGUGGAAAUCGCCCAGAGCCAUGGCACUAUUGUCCUCAUCGAAUAUCCCAGCUCCCUUAGCCUUCUCUCCGAUGAACGGCAGGUGAUCAAGUGUAAGCAGAGUCCGGACGGCAGCUCCUGGGACGUAAGCGUUUCGGCAGACGAAAUAUCCGAGUACUGCUUGGCAACCUUUAAGGCGUCCAUCAACAUGAACGUUGGCAGUGCCUAGCGCAUAAGUUUUUCUGUCGAAGAUUCCCCAAACAUAGCUUUCCAAAUAUGUUUUUCCAUUGUUCAUUUUCUUUUAAUUACACUGCCAGUGGCUCCAUUCUUCAGCUCCAUUUCAAUUAGGGUUUUGUCGGCUGUCAGUUAGAAUGCCACACAGCCAGCAAGCCAUCAGCAUCACCAUUCUCAUCCGUAUACGUAUACUCAUCCGCAUCCGCAUCCUUGCCGCCGCAACAACAGCAGCCAUAGCCACUACAAUGGCUGUCAGUCAAAGGCACGCGUCAUUUGCUGGCGAAAUGCAUUUUACGUAAACCCAAAAGCAUUUUAAGCUAAACACCCAACACCCACCGCACUCGACCCAGUUAGAAGACCGAGGCCAGGACCACGACCAGGGCCACAGCCGGGAGUUGCAUCUGGAUGGCAUGGCAUGGAACGCUGAUGGAAGGAGCGACUGUCUGUCUGGCUGACUUGACUUGACUGAUUGGCGGUUGUUUGGGCAACUUUUCGGCGCAAGAUAUUUGUAUGUAGAAUGUAGCUUCAUAAUAUAAUUAAUAUUGGUAGUUUUAGGGAGUUGCAAAAACUUCGAGAUGAAUUCCAAAACAAACAGAGAGCCGUAAUACUAUGCAUCUCUUUGGUGCUGUGGCAUUAUAUUAUAUCUCAUAUAUCAUUAUUCCUUCAGAAUUAAUUCAACAAAGAAUUCACAAGCUUAUAUAGUUUUUUUUUUUUAAUUUGUUUUAUAUAUUUUUUUUUAUAUCAGAGAACAUAAAGAAGAAUGAAUACAAAUGGGAUUCGAUACACAAUAUAAAUACAAAUAAUAUAGUACAUAUACCCAAAGAAAUAUCAAGAUAAAAUAUAUAAGAAAGGUUUGAAAUAAUCAAAGAAAUAUAUCAAGAUACAACUUUUAAUAAUGAUUAUGGAAAAAUAUCUAAAGAUAAAUCCAUUUAUAGUUGAUUAAAAAUAAGCCGUAAUUAUAAUUUCUGCAAUUAUAUUUAAAGUGAAUAUGAUUCAUAGUUGCAGUCACUGUUCUAAAAUAACACCUUUAUAUCUUAUGAACAAAAUUUCCUCUCAAUUUAAUUGAGCUUAAGUUAUAUUUUAACCAGGAAAAGCGAUAUGUAGAUGGACCUCCCUUUUGAUAGAGAAAUUAGUUUCU